UUUCAGCUGUGCUACAGCUGUUUCUACGGGAAUCACGUGCUUCACGCAUAUAUCAAAAUUCCGGAGAUGCGAUCAUUCGUCAGUUGGACUCAAACAGAUGUUCCAAACCAGGAAAACAAUAAAUAAUAUAAGAAUUGAAUGAAGGAAUGAUUCGUUUAGUGAUUAUUUAUUAAAUUAUAUCGUUAAAUAAGAAAACAUUAGUUGUCAUCGGGAAAGAAGGUGUCGCAGCGCUGCACUGCUCGUCAAAGAUCAUUGAAAAACAUUAUCGUACAACAUACUACGACGCAUUUCGAGAACUUUCUUAAUUGGGCAAUCGAGUUAUCGAAUCUACGAUCGAACCUAUGGAUUUAAUGGCUUACGUUCCCCAUUUUUCAGAGGCGCCAAACAUCGAGCGCACACCGGUGAUCCAGCAUGUUUGCGAACAGCCGAAAGAGGAAGAUCACGUGGAGAAUGCCAUAAAAGGGGAUUCCCUUAGGGCGAAAGCGGCUAGAUGGUUGCUGCGUCAACGGAUUUUAUCGCGGAAACACCAUUUGACGCAUUGGAGUUUGAAAAGCGCAACCGCGGUCAACUACGAGAUCUCGAGACACGUAAAAUCCCAUCCCUACAUGAUUCAUCCUUUCAGCUCGUUCAGCAUCUGUUGGGAACUGUUCAUGACGGUGUUCACGACAGUGGCUCUUCUGGUCACUCCAGUCUCCAUCGCCUUCUACUUCGACGAGCACGAAUACUGGCACACGGUCAACGAUACGAUGAACAUCGUCUUCUUCUGCGACAUUGUAUUAUGGUUCUUCACAGGCUAUUACGACUAUCGAACGAAGAUGAUAGUCCUGGAUCCAAGGAUAGUAGCGAUAAAGUAUCUGAGGAAGUAUUUCCUGGCGGAUCUGAUGACCAUUCUACCGAUAAGUUUCGUCGAGAUCGUUCUACCCAACGGAACGUGGUUCUGCACCACUCUGAACAUGAUGAAGCUAUUACGGAUUCGCAAUAUAAUCUUGUACUUCCGUAGACUUCACGGAGUGUACCGGAUAAAGUAUCAACUGUUCAAGAUUCUGGAAACGAGCGUGAUCAUCGUACUGUGCAUACACUGGGCUGCGUGCAUAGAGUACUACGUUCCCAUGUCCGUGGGCCACUUGGGCACAUUGAGUUCUCAAUCUUGGAUUAAUUCGGAGUACUUUCGGUCGAAGACCACCAAGACCGAAAUGUAUCUCGUGUGCUUGAAUCGUGCGAUUACCGCGUUGGUGCGGUCCGCCCAUUAUCUGGAUAUGAAAACUCCCGAAGAUAUGAUACUGAACAUGAUACUGACGGUCUGCGGAUUCAUCGGUUUCGCGUACUUGAUAACUCAAGUCUCGGAUUUACUAACAACCUUUCACAUAACGAUCAAGCGUCACCUAAAGAUCAUGCAACAGCUGCAGGAGUACAUGCGAUACAAGGAACUGCCGCAGGCUUUGCAACGCCGUUUGCUGGUGUACUAUCAAUACCGUGCGAAAAAACGGUUCGAAAGGAAUCGGAAGAUUAUAGACGAGGUCUCGCCCUACUUGAGAGAGGAAUUGAUUUUACAUAAUUAUCUGAGUCUGGUCGGCAACGUGAAACUAUUCAACCAUCUGCCGGGAAGCGUGGUGGUGCAACUGACUAACGCACUGCGCACCGAAAUCUAUAUGAGCGGCGACAAGAUCGUUAAGGCUGGAACGCGCGGUGAAUCCCUCUACUUUAUUACCUCCGGCACAGUGGCGGUCUACACUGCUACAGGAAAAGAAGUCUGCCACUUGGAGGACGGAAGUUACUUCGGGGAGAUCGCUUUGGUAAUGGAGACCGAGUUGAGGAUAGCUACCGUGAUCGCGGUGGAGACUAGCGAGAUCUGCGUGUUGGAACGCGACGACUUCCGCCGAUACAUAUCUCGGUAUCCGGACUUGUUGAACCGUUUGCAGAACGUCGCUCUCCAGAACUUGGAGAACAGCCCGGGCCUGGAGGAAGUCUGCGAUCUGAAUACCUCCGUCAAGCAUCGGUACAUCAAUAUAAGCAGCAUAAAGCGCAACAAAAAGACUGCCGAUAAUCGGGGCGAAGAGUAGAAACCGGUAGUUAUACUAAUUCUAUCCUGUAUAAGCUAGCAACGAUAGUUCCUUCGCCUGUACGGAUUUCUAUAAGACUGCUGAUAGACGGACAUGAGUCUCCAAUGCUCCGGGUAAUCGGCACUUCUGCACCCGUUCACGACGCUGAAGGGAGGGGCCAAGGUAUCGAUGCGGAAAGAUCGUCUAGCGAAGGGAGUCCUGGGUCUCGGUACCACCGUUUUUAUUUUCUGAUCACCGUCCGCUUUUUCGAGACCUAACGCCAGCCCCACGGCCGAUUUCACUUGCCUAGGAUCGUCCUCGAAGCAUCUCGGUUCGCAGGCGAUACACUUUCUGAAAGCGGAUCUUCUGACUCGUUCUUCUCCUCGACUCUGCUUCGAAAUGCUGACGCCGUUCAUUCUCUUGCAAAGACAAUCGCAGCAACAUCUUUUGUCGUCCGUCUCUUUUUCGUUCUCCGAGCAACUUUCCUGGCGACAUUUCUCAUUCCUGGUGCUCGAGCGAAGAGAACUCGUCGAGCCUGAUGUACGUUGGAUCAACGUGAAGAUCGCUGGGGCAAGUCCACCCUCCGAGCCGUCGAUGUGAGUAGGUCUGGGUGGUUCGUAGACGGGAUCUACAGGGGUUUCCCAGCAGAUCGCCAAGUCCAUCUUUGUCUUCGGCUCCUUGCAUCCUAGGAUUGGCCCGUGUCGCUUGUUCGAUGCCCUCGCGCGGUUUCUGGAUUCUUGGCUACGCUUUCCAUCCGAGUGCCGCCGUCAGGAUCUUUCCGGGUCGGCAAUCUUGAACACGGAGUCGUCGACCUUGUCCGGUAGAGGCUGAUGAUCCAAGUUCUCCGCGUGAAGUUUCUUCGCCAAAGCGAAGUGUUCGUAACAGGACGGUCGAUCUUCCAUUUCUUUCGUCUUCGAAAGAUCCUUCUCCUCCUUCCUCCUGGGACAGUCCGAAACGUGCUUGACCAGAGAAGGUAUUCUAAGGUGUCCCGUAAUGUACCUGGGCUGGCAGCAUUCGUGAGACUCGUUGGUUCCGGAAGGGACCAAUUUUCCGGGACAGUGAGCGCAACACUUCUGAGUCUUCAUGGUCUCCGUUCAUAUUAAUCUUCCCAUGGAUCAAAAAUGAAUGACCUCACUCUUCUUUAGUUGCGCAACCGAUUCGAAGGACCUACGAAGCCAACACAAGCCAGUGUAAGAUACUUGAAUGAAAUAGGCGAUGCUGCUUCCGAGAAUUUCACGCGAAGUCCCUUCAACCAGUUUUCGCGCUCCGAGCGCGACUGCAGGAAUGCGUCUCCCUAAUCUCAGUGAACGGCACGGUUGUUUACUUGACGACGGGCUAGCUCAAUACUACGAUUCCGCAUACAUAGUUAUACAGAAUCGGUUCUGUGCAGGAUAAUUUUAGAAAUCGUAAAGCGCAGACGACUACGAGAUCUUUGCAUCUGAUUACUUCGGCACGAGUUAUCGGGCUU